AUGCACAAGAUCUCCAACUUUACGGGCCAGGCCCGUCAUGGUUGGGAACGAAUGACGCCGACCUUUGGGAUGUCCAGACCGCACACCGACAUGGCCUUCCGCCGGCCACACGGGGCGCCGCCCAUGACGCCGCCGACGAGCAUCGAUCCGAACGUCAAUCUGUCCUUUAAUGUCCCUUUCUCUUCCACGUUGGCCGGCCCCGACGUUGAGGACGUGCUCCACGCCAGUCCCAACGCUCUGCAGCGCUGGACUUUCCCCGAAGCCGUCCCCGACGGCACCCCGGUCCACCAACUCCCUGUGCACACCAACAAUGUCGAUGGCUUGCGGAGGUUAUGCCGGCAGAUCACGGAAAGCAGUGGCGGCCGCAUCGAGGCUACCCUCACGUCGUCAGAGCCCAAGGCGGUGCCUUCGCUACAACGGCGGCCAAAUGGCUUAGUGACCAACGUCUGUGUGACCGGUGAUGGGGAGACAGUACGGAAGAUGCGAGCCAAGAUUUUGAACGAGACCCCGAUCAUGCUGCGAUGUGCGACCGUCGAUGUGGACAUGCACCUGAUUAUGGAUGGAUCUCCCAACGGCAUUCGAGCGAGCGUGCUCGAGCACAUGGACACCCUGGCCGCCUACACUGGAACCGACAUUUUCCUACUGACGCCCAAGCUCCACGAUGCGGACAGUGCGGUGGUUUCCUCCUAUGGCUACGCGUCGGAUAACGGGCUCGAGCAGCGUUUCCGAGUCGCCAUUUAUGGCGACAUGGAAAGCUCGGAGCAUGCGAAGACGCGGGUUCUGAUCAUGAUCGAUCAAAUUCUCAAACGUCAUGUGGACGCCAUCAAGUUGGAGCUGACCAUGCACACCUUGGUCUGUGGCCGGACUCGGAAGAACAUCAAACUCAUCGAGGCUGCUACCGGUACCGCUAUCUACUUCCCUCCACCGUUCCCCCGAAUUUUCGGCUAUACCCCGCCCGGCGCAAGUCGUCGAAGCGAGGAUGAGGUUUAUAUUACGGGUGAUACACCGGAGCAAAUUGCUCGGGCGAAGCAGAAGUUGCGGGAGCUGGUUUUGGGUGUGAAAAUUUAUGUCAAGGAUGUCGUGGUUAACUCGAGCAAGAUCGACAACAUCCUGCUCGAUCGACUGGACAAAGUCCGCAAGGUGAUGGAAAUGAACGGCUCCUACGUUCUCUUCCCGCAGUUGGGCAGCCAGCGCGGCCUGGUCCGGAUCCAGGGCACGGAAGUUCUGCACGUUGAGCGGACCGUCAGAGAGAUCAUGGCUCUGGCCGGUCAAUUCUAUAGCGCCUCGUGGUGGAUCAUCAUGCCCGACCCUGCACAAGGCGGCAUCCGUGCUCCUUCGACCGCUGACGUCCGUUCUAUGCUUUCCGAUAUUUGCACCAACUCGGAAGCGGAGGUCAGCUUCGAUAAUUUGACGUUCACCAUCAACGGAUCCGACGAUGCCGUCAAGGCUGCCAUGACAGUCGUGAACCAGAUCCCCUUUGUGACGCGGAGCCAAUACCAGAUGCGAGUCAAGAUCGAGCUUGCCAAUGAGCACAAGGAGUUUGUCAGCGGUAAAAAGAAUGGCAAGAUCAACAAGAUCAUGGGCCAGAGCAACGUUCAAAUUAUCUUCGACGGCUUUAACGAAUAUAACUUCUAUAUUGACGUGUGCGGCAACCAGUACGAGUCUACCAAGAACGGUCUGGAUCUUGUCGAACAGGAGAUGCCCGCCUCCAUCUCAUUCCAUGUCCCAGACCAGUACCACAAGCGGAUCAUCGGCAUUGGUGGACAGCACAUCCAGCGCAUCAUGAAGAAGUACUCGGUGUUUGUCAAGUUUUCCAAUGCCAUGGACCGUGGUGGCAUGGGCAAGGAAGAUGACGACAUCAAGGUGGACAAUGUGAUCUGUCGGACUCCCGCUCGCAAUGCCCAGAGCCUGGACCUUGUGAAGCAGGAAAUCAUGGACAUGGUUGAGAAGGUUGACGCCGAGUAUGUUUCGGAGAGAGUCGUCAUCAACCGCCUCUACCACCGUGAGUUGUUGGCUCGCAUCACCGAGAUCGACGAGUUGGAGAAGAAGUGGAACUGCAAGAUUGAGUUCCCUAGCACCGAGCUUGCCAGUGAUAUCGUUACCAUCUCCGGCCCAGAGUACCAGGUUCCUCAGGCCGUUGAUGCUUUGCUAGGCAUGGUUCCCGAAAGCCACGAGCUGCACUUCCAGAGCUCUGCAGAGCUUCGGGAGUACUUCAAGUCUGCUGACUUCGUCGCGGAUGUCCGCACCAAACUCAAGGAGCAGUAUGAAGUUGACAUCAAUUUCGACACGGCUGCUGAUCUUCCAACGAAGGAGGAGGGCUCAUCCUCCCCCGAGCCCGCUCCGGAAGAUCGGGUCGUACUCGGCUACACUCGAAACAAUGCGGGUGGUCUCAAGGAUGCCAUUGACUUUUUGAUCUCCCGCCUCGUCGCCCACGGCCUCGACGCCAACACCGUCAAGGGUGCCAUCCCGCGCCCCAAGUCGGACUCCUUUGAGGAAUCGCUUCCCUUCUUUGACUCGAAGCUGUUGCAGCACGCUCCGGUGCCUCUCGUGACCGACUCUCCCACUCGACCCAGUUUCGCCGACGAAACUAGCGAGCGCGGUUCGAUCUUCGAGCGCCUGCGCAAACCCGGCAGCAUCUCGUCCUUCUCGUCCUUCAUUGGGCGCAAGAACCACUCGGCGUCCCCGGGCUCGUUCUUCAAGCAUGCCUCGAGCAACGCCUCGAAGGCCUCGCUCGUCUCAAUGGAGUCGCGGGACAGUGGCUACCGGAACCCGUGGAACGACUCCGGGGUGAACCUGCCCGAGGAUGAUGUGGCCGUUCUGGGUAGCUCGCACAGCCACAAGAGCAGCAACAGCAACAAUGGCUGGCCCGCGCGCUUCGACACGAAGUUUCCUUUCGGUACAGCGCCUGGCGACAUGACGCCCAAGCAUGACCCGCGCGCCUCUUUUGACAGCGGUCGCCCUAGCACUUCAAAUUCUACUUCUGGAUACCCGGCCCCCAUUGGGCCACCGCGUUAA